AUGGCAGUCAGUGUCGUCGGGCCGUUUCUUUUGACGAACCGGUUGUUACCUCUCCUCCAGAAGACGGCCAAGAUGCCGGGCGCCGACGUCAGGAUUGUCACCUGUUCUUCAAACGCCCCACAAGUGUUUUUACCAAAGGAUUAUCCCCUGCGCUUCGACUCGCCCUUGGCGCUUGCAGCCUCAGUCUCUACCUACCCAUGGCACUGGCGAUUUUUUGGGCGAUUCGUCUUCGCCAGCGACAUGAUCCUGUACAGCGUGGCCAAGGCCGGAGCGGAAGUCUUUGCGUCGCAGCUCCAGAAGACAUUUGAUAAAAGUCAUCUACCCAUUUUGUCAUUGGUCGUCCACCCAGGCCCGACAGCGACCGAAGGCUUGUUGGAGGUCAAUAGUGCUUUCAUCAGAGCGGUCGCACGCCUUGCUUUCCAGUCCUCAGAGCAGGCUGCCUCGUUGCCACUCUUCGCAGCCACGGCGAAACGGAUCCGCCAGCAGCCGGAGCAGUUCAAGAACGCUCUAUUGAUAUCAGGUGGCCAAACAAUAAACCUGCACCCAGUCACCUCGGAUGGCAAGCAAGCCAGAGGACUGUGGGACACUGUUGACGGGCAGUUGACUCAGUAUCUUAAGGCGGACGGUCUCGCUCCACUGCAGAGUUGGUGA